UUGGCCUUCAAACUCAAUGGUACAAAUAGCACCACCACAAUGAAAGCUCUCAACAGCUAUGUGGCCUGCCUUGUUUUAGCCUUGGCCAUAACUCACUGUCUUUUUGAACAUGCCACAACCCACUGUUGGAGUUGGACCAUUUAUCAGGGCAUCAGAUGGACUAUGGUCAUAAAAAAUGAGCUUUCAAACCACAAGAAGUUGUUCAUCCAUUGCCGGUCCGAUGACGAUGAUCUGGGCAAGAAUUGGCUCAAUCCCUGGGCCAAAAGAGAUUGGAGUUUUGCGAAAAGCAUUAUUUGGGGCCGGAAGACGCAUUUUUGGUGCUUGAUGCGCAAAGAUAGACAACAUCACGCUAGAUUCGACAUCUUCCGGGACGAUAAAAACUUUGAGGAUUCGCUCAUGGCCACGUGUCGCGGAUCUAGUUGCACUUGGAUUGUAAGAGAUCACGGCAUAUACUUGAGAGAUGGUCCUGGUAACAGGGAUGUGUACAAGCACUCCUGGAUAGAUGGAAAUGGUGGUGAUCAACUUUAAGAUUAUCGCGCGCCCUAAAUGAUUUGCAAACUUUUUUCGUGAAAAAUGAAAACCAAAACACAAUAUUUAAUUGUU